AUGUCUUCUUCUACUAAACCCAAACGCCCGAACUUUCUCGUCAUUCUCGCCGAUGACCUGGGUUUCAGCGACAUUGGAUGCUUCGGCAGCGAAAUCCACACUCCGAAUAUCGACAAAUAUCAACAGCUCGCCAAGUCCGGCCUCCGCUUCACAGACUUCCACGCCGCAGCUGCCUGUUCGCCGUCACGUGCCAUGCUUCUCACCGGAACGGAUCACCACAUCGCCGGCCUCGGCAACCUCAUCGAAUGGACCAACAUCUCCGGCCAAAACGACCCGUCCGGCGCCAUGUCCACCGCCCCGCAACGCGGCAUGCCGGGCUACGAAGGCUACCUCAACGAGCGCGUCGUCACGCUGCCCGAAAUCCUGCGCGACGGCGGGUACGCCACCAUGAUGGCCGGCAAGUGGCACCUCGGGCUAACCCCCGAGCGCGGGCCGCAGAACCGCGGCUUCGAGAAAUCCUUCGCGCAUCUGCCGGCGUGCAGCAACCACUACGGGUACGAGCCGCAGCUGGAAAAGGAGAAGGGCGACCAGAUCCCGGCGUUUAUGACGAUGAGCUAUAUCGCGCUGCAUAGUGAGGAUGGAGAGUACGUGAAGGAGUUGCCGGAGGGGUGGUAUUCGAGCGAUGGGUAUGGGGAUAAAUUGCUCGCGUACCUUAGGGAUUGGAAAGAGGAGCAGGCGAAGGAGGAGAGGCCCUUUUUUGCGUAUCUCCCGUUCACGGCGCCCCACUGGCCGCUGCAGGCGCCGCAGCAGUAUAUCAAAAAGUUCAAAAAGUACAAAGGCGUCUACGACUCCGGCCCUGACGCGCUGCGCCUCCAGCGCCUCCAGCGCCUCCAGCGCCUCAAAGACCUCGGCUUGAUCGCGCCAGACGUCGAACCCCACCCCGUCGUCGCCGAGGAGACCAAAUCGUGGGCCGAGCUCUCCCCAACCGAGCGCGCUGCCUCCUCCCGCGCGAUGGAAGUCUUUGCCGCAAUGGUCGAGUGCAUCGACGCCAACGUCGGCAAAGUCGUCUCCUACCUCGAGUCCAUCGGCGAGCUCGAAAACACCUUCGUCACUCUCAUGAGCGACAACGGCGCCGAGGGGGCUGCGUAUGAAGCCUACCCCAUCGUGCAGAGCACCAUGCUAGGGCAUCUGAAGAAGUACUACGACAACUCGCUGGAUAACCUGAGGAACGGGGAUAGUUUCAUCUGGUACGGCCCGCGCUGGGCGCAGGCGGCGACGGCGCCGAGUCGGCUGUAUAAGGCGUAUACGACGGAAGGGGGCGUGCGGGUGCCGUUCCUCGCGAAGUGGCCGCAGGGGGUGUUGGGGAAGGGGAGGGGCGGCGGGGUGGAAGGCCAGUUUGCGACGAUUAUGGAUCUCGCGCCGACGAUUUUGGAGAUGGCGGGGUUGGCGCAUCCCGCGCCGCUGUAUAAAGGCAGGGAGGUGGUGGAGAUGAGGGGGCGGAGCAUGCAGCCGUUUGUGAGUGGGGCGGCGCCGCGGAUUCAUCCGGAGGACUUUGUGCAGGGGUGGGAGACGUGUGGGAGGGCGGCAUGCAGGAAGGGGGAUUGGAAGAUUGUGUUUAUUCCGAAGCCGAAGGGGCCGGAGAGGUGGCAGCUUUAUAAUCUUAAGAAGGAUCCGGAGGAGGUGCAUGAUCUUGCGGAGCAGGAGCCGGAGAGGUUGGAGAAGUUGAAGGGGCUGUGGGAUCAGUAUGUGAUUGAGACGGGGGUGGUGCCGCUCGCGCCGGCAUUGGGGAAGUGGAUGCAGGCGAUGGAGGAGCAGAUGGUUGAGAAUGCUUGGAUUGAGUAUGAGUAUUGGAAGGAUGGGGCGAGGGAUGAGCCGGAGAAGUUUUUCAAGGAUAUCCUAAGGUUUCAGAGGGUGGUGAAGCCGAUGUGA